CCAAGUAGACAGUGUUAUUUUAUGGGAGCCCUGUCUGUCUGAUUUGACUAACAGAUGCCACAGUGGACAAGAUAAAUCGAAAAAAAAUGGGGUAUGGCUCUUACAGUCGUUCCUGACUUGUAAUUUGUGGACUAUCUGUGUUCUAAACUCGACAUUAUGACCGUUUGGGGGUUGGGAACUGUUGGCUUUGGGACACACGGGCUAUCGCUCCGCCACUAAAGUCGCUGCAAUGGCUUCGGCUCUGAGUUGCUUCAGCGGUCCCGAGGUGUUGGAGGACGUAAAUCACGCUCGGGGUUUAAUGAAGGAGUUGAAAUUACUGUACGACUGUCGCCUUCUCGGGGACGUUACUAUCGGAGUGGAGAGUGAGGAGGAGUUGCCGGACGACAUCGGCGAGUCUGCCAGAGGUGACAUUGAACAACUUUUCCUGUGCAGCCGAAACGUCCUCGCUUCUGCCAGCCCGUACUUCAAAAGCAUGUUCACCGGGGGGUUGAAUGAAAGCAUGCAGGAGCGGGUGGUCAUCCGUGGCGUGGACGCGGAGUCCAUGUCGGUUAUUAUAGACUACUGUUACACAGGAAGGGUGACCAUCACGGAAAGCAACGUCCAGAGACUGUACGCCGCUGCCAAUAUGCUGCAACUGGAGUAUAUCAGGAAAGCCUGCUCCAGCUUCAUGACAAGGAGGCUGGACCUCUCCAACUGUGUCAUGGUCUUAAAAUUUGCAGACACAUAUGACAACCCCGAGCUCAAGCAGAGUGCACAGGCUUUCAUAGCCAGGAACUUCAGCCAGCUGUGUAAUGGAGGGGAGCUGUGUGAGCUGGACCUGAUGCAGUUGAAGGAGCUGCUGUCUCUUGACACUUUAGAUGUGGAUUGUGAAAGGAAAGUGUGCUCCGCUGCUCUACAGUGGAUAGAGGCCAACGCACCACAAAAAAGGGAGGAUGCUCUGCAAGCGCUUAAGUGUGUGCGCUGGGACUUGUUCACCGAGAAGGACAAGUGUUUUCUGGAGGGCCUCAUGGCAAGGCCGUUAAUAGAGAAAUACCUUGCGUCUGUCUUUAACCAGUCUCCAGAAGGCACUUGUGGAAUGCCUGCUGCUUUGAACGUACCAAAACAUAGAAUAGGUGUGAGUGCUAAGGAGAUGAUUCUCUUCUUUGGCCUUCCCAAUGAUAACAUAAUGUGCUGUGACCCAUACUCAGAAGACUUGUAUUUCAUGGCUCCUCCUCUUGAAGACCUCAGCAGUCAGGAUUAUAAACGUUCCACCAUGGAGUCCUUAAUCGCCUGUUCUACACCUGAAAACAACCUGUACCUUGCCUCCCACCUUUCCAAACAUUUCUGGCUGUACAAUCCUGUGCAAAACAACUGGCAGGAGUUGGCAGAGAGGCCACUUGGGAGGAUUCACUCUGGGAUGGCCUACCUCAAUGGGCAUGUGUACCUUCUAGGUGGGAGGAAUCCUGUGACAGAUGCCAGACUAAAGGAAGUUGAAUGUUACAGCGUUCAGAGGAAUCAGUGGACUUUUGUAGCUCCCCUGCCUCACUCUUUAGGUAAAAUGCAGGUGGUGGCACUGAAUGACCACCUGUAUGUGGUGAAUAAAAGAAGAAUGCUUUGUUAUGAUCCAAAGAGAAACCGCUGGCGACACUGUGGGUCACUCAGAAGAGACAAACUCCACAAAGCCUGUGUGUUUCAGGAUCAGAUUAUCUGUGUGUGUGACAUUCCUGUCGUAAAGGCCUACAGCCCGACCAGGGGUGAAUGGAAACGGCUGGGUGACAUUCCUAUUGACAGCCGAGCUCUAAAUUACCAGGUGAUUCAGCACAACAACAAACUGCUCCUCCUUACACAGACUCUCCUGCAGCACAACAAGAACAGGGUCCUCAUCCAUGAAUAUGAUCCAGCCCGAGACAGUUGGAAGAACAUCAUGGCGGUCUAUGUGUCCACCCUGGGGCCUGUGUGUGUUUCAAUGCGAGUGUACCCAGCAUGCCUCAGCUCUGCUCACAGUUUCUCUACAGAGGAGGACGACGACAGCGGUUCCAGUGCUGACUGGGACUUUGAUGGGUUGACAGACGCAGACUCGGACUCUGGCAGCUCUAGCUCCUUCUCUGACGAAAACUGGUAGAGAGAUCACUUCAAAGUGUCAAAUAGAGGUUUAACUUAUUCAUAAUUUAAAUACUUUUACAGGGUUCUAUGUGUGACAGGGAGAUCCCAAAUGAAGUUUAUUUUCAGUAUUUAAUUUCAGUAUUAUAGCCAGUCAUAUGAAGUAAAAAAGAACCGAUAAGCUUAAGUAAUUUUUUAUGUUUCUUAUUCACCCUGGCCAGGAUUGGUCACCUAUUGAGAAGGGUGCAAAUAUGCUGAGUUGGUACUGGAAAUCCUUUUCAUGUCAUUUUUGCAAAGUGAGAGCAAAUGCCAACACAAACUGUCUCAGUUUAUGAGUUCUGCCACCAGGUCUGAUGUGUGAGACAGUGUAAAGAAGAAAGAAAGGGGAAAAAAAGAGAGUCAAGGUUAUCAAGACUUUUAGUUUUUCCACAACUACUGGAAAAGGCAGCCGUUCCCAAAUCUGCCAAAUACAUUUGUUACUAAAACCAUUUUUUGUGCUUUGCAAUAAUAUGCAGAACUGAGCCAUCAUUACUGUCACUAGUUCCAUUUGUAUUUUUGUUGACAUAAUGAGUUCAAACAUCAGAUAUAGAAAACUCUAAUAGAUGCUAGCAACAGUCAUAUGAUGAAUAUUUAGGAGACAGUGGUAUGAAGUUGAAGGCCAUGGUCAUUCACAGCCGGAAACACAUCGGAAAAUUCAGAACAUGGAGUAAACUUAGUCUUGAGGUUAGUGCCAGUAAAGCAGGAGAGCACUGACUCUUUUACUUGCAUAAUUUCUUUUGUUUUGGCUGUAAGUUGCCAAACCUCCACUAUGAUGAUAUGCAAAUGCAUCUGUAUUCAGAUCAGAUUCAGACACAUUUUCACUCUAACAUCACGGCGUCAAAUUUUAUGGGAAUCCUGAUGUUAAAAAUCCUCUAUUCUUCUACCCUACUCCAAAUGUAGCACAGCGUGCUGUGGGUCACUAAAAUGACAAGACAUUACUGGCUGUGCAUUUCUCCCUACAUUUAGAAAAUGAACAUUGACCUGUCAAUUCACCUUUUAAAUGCUUUAAGAUGUGUUUGCCACAAACAUUUAUCAAAAUUGUGUGUUUGAUGUGACUGCAUGAGCUUACUGGCUUAUGUUUGGUGUUGAAUUUUUGACUGUGACUUUUGGGACAUCAGGCAGCUUAAGUGCCUCAUGUUUAUGACUUACAACUGGUCAUUUACAGGGCUAUACAAUGUUUUUGAUGCACAUCAAGACAUCACACAUGAGUGAUGUUGUGAAACCUACUGUAUGAAAUAUAGAAGCCAAUGUACUGUAAACUGACUCAGGAUUAGGCUUCGGCAAAAGCCUGAAUGCCAUAAUAGACUUUUUUUGUCUGAGAUGUAGAAAAAUUAAACAGUUGUGGUGACAAAUUCUACAUUUUAUGGAUUUUAUUUGAAAAGUUUGUGUGUAUGUGUGUUUUCCUUAUUUUUUUAAAAACUAAAGAUUAUUACAAUUUUUAAAAAAUGGUUUUAAGUAUUGUUUGGUAGUGAUAAAUUGUUUUUAUUGGGAGGACAUUUUGUCUGCAUGUAGUAAUAGUUUUGCAAAGCCAUUGUCUUCUCAAACAUCCCAUACAUUCACUUACCAGUUUAUCCGCUGAGCAAACAUUUCUUGGUAGAGUUCGAUAACACAAUCUGCAGCUUCCAAAGCAAAUCAAGCUGAACCAAAACCUGUCUUAAGCAAGUUUUACUAUAAACUGAACAUAGUCUUCAUGAAUGUGUUCUGCUGUUGUAUAAGACCGCAUUACUUUUAACUAGUAGAAACUGGUAAUGGUGUAGUUCUGACUUUUCUCUCAGUGGCACGUUUGACAUGAUCGAUAGUGUUACAACAUAUUUUUGGAAACGUGAGAAGAGGGGUAGGCACACAGGGUCUCAGUUAUGAUGCUGUUUUCGGUGUAUGUGUCAAAAAAUAAAAAUAAACUUUGAUGUGUCUGGCAUAAA